AUGAAAUCGACGACUCUAAAGAUUGCACGUGCCCAAGCAAUCCCCAGCAGUAAACUGCCCGAGAACGUAGGGAGACACUCCCGACGAGUGGACACAGCACUCCCAGGGAAACACACGCGACAGCUAUAUGACCGAUUAUCGUGGAAAGAGGCGAGCGUACUGGCCCAGCUCCGCACGGGUAUAAUCAAUGUGCAUAUGGACAAGCAAGAGAGACCGUGGACCACUUUCUGUUUCGAUGCCGGAAGUGGACCGCGCACCGGACGGAAAUACUGUAAUGCACUCACACUCACCGAUGUAACAUGCCCUUCUUCUUGGGAGGGAAGUCACCCUCUGAUGAUCAAAAGUGGAAGCCGAAUUUGGAAGCAGUGCGAGCCUCAAUACGAUUUGCGAUCGCUACGGGCCGACUUGAGGCCACUUGACCUAGCCAACGAACGCGCAUAA